UCAGUAAGCCACACAGGAAGAACAGGGAAACUGGUUCUUGUAACCAGGGUAUGUGCUCUGAAACACAUAUGGAAAGGAAACUCCUCAGAAAAGAGCUGGAGAAACUUCUGGGUGAUUAUGUUAGCACUACUCUUCGAGAGAAGGAGUUUGACCCAAAAGGAAGGAAGGAAUCCUCAUCCCUGGAUAACCUGGCACAUUAUGAUCUGGCUAUUGGUGUUGCUUUGCAGUGGCUUAGUUCUUCCAGUUGCAAUGACGCAUUUAGAAAAGAAAGAAUCAAGCUAGCAUUAAACCAACAUAAAUACCCCAAUCGGAUGGAGAGAGAAGCUAUGAUUCUAUCUUCUUUUGCAGGAACGCUAAUGCAUAGCUUGCCAGUGGAGAAUGUCUUUGAAAUAUAUGGAAGCAAGCCUUCAACAACAAACUUACAUAGUUCUGCCAAGGGUCACUGGGUCCAGCCCUUUAACCUGUCACUGCAUCCAUCUGCCAUGCUGACAGCGCCCCAGGCAGCAAGACAUGCAUUGAAGCAUUGUGCCAGAUUUUGCAGGUACCUCGGUAGAAAUGAAAACGGCAUGACUGAAGAACAAAACUCAAAAGUUCUAGCAACAGAUCAUCAUGAACCUGAUUCAGAAAGUGAAGAAACAUCAACUGUCUCUGAGACCGAAGAAGACACUACAGCAAAAACUGAAAGUGAUAUAAAUCCAUAAAGAAACUGAGAACAUUUAUCAUAUUU